ACCCAGCUGACUGACCACGUGACUUUACGGAAGCGAGUGUCAACAACAUGAACGGUUACUGACUUGUGGGGAUGCGAGGAUGGUGCAUAAUUUGGUGUUUCUUUUGGUCUUCGGUUGUCUUUGUUUUUCAAGAACCGCAUCCCAGCAGACAACAGCGGACUGCGGCUGUGACAAGCUAAAGAGAGCCGCAGCUGUGGAGAGGACCGAGUCUGCAGCUGAGAAAUACUCCAGAGGCGCCAAUGAGGAGAAAACUGAGGCUCAGAGAGAGGAGGAGAAAACUGACAGUGAGGUAUGUUACCACCAGCGAUUUGCCUCAAUUACACUGAUCACAUUGUGCCCCAACAGAAUGAGCUGGAAAUUAAAUGACUUCGAAAAGAUGGAGGCAGUAAAACUGACAUUCUGGCUCCAUACAAAGUUCCCACAACAUUUUAAAACCCCAACUAGAAUUCAGAAGAUGUGUCUGACACCUUAUUUAUCACACCUAAUAGUUUGAUGAGAGAUUUGAAAUGGGACAUGAUAUGUAGGGCACACAUAGUACUUGAAAUACACUUAACAUCUUUUAAUAUAAUAUAUUGUAGGGGAGAGUGGGGUAAGUUGAGCCAACCCCUGUUGCUUGGUGAUGGUAAAAGAAAUUGAUCAUGUGACAAAAUAUUUAGGAGAUGGGCAUCAAUUCAUGGAGUCUGUGAAGGUUAGAAGCACAUGGGUGAAGGGGUUAGACAUUUAUUUCUAAAAAAAAGACAUUUUUCUCUCUUGAAAGUUAAUUUAGUCUGUCAUAAGUUUUAUAAAAGUUGUGUUCAGACCAAAAAAAGAUCAUUUUAGAUUUUAAAUGCUCAACUUACCCCAUACACUGGGUUAGUUGACCAUAGGAGGCCGCUUUUUUGGCAUGCUAUACUAUCAAGAUAGUUAUGUUUUCACUAAUUCUGCUGGUUUGCUUGAUGUAGUGAUCCGAAAUAUGAAACCCACUCUCCCCUACUGUAGUUAGAUUACUGCACCAUUAAGAAUAAUAAGCCUACACUUCGAGAAAAAGAUUGUGGCCUUUUGUUGGUACUCUUAUUUGUAGACCCGUGUUUUUAUUCCAUUUUUGAUGGCUGUUAUUUAUUGCAAACUAAUUUACAUCAUACUCUUGUAUGUCCCUCAACCACCUUUAGUUUGUUAGGGUUUGCAAAGGGUAAACUUCACAGAUGGGUAUUUCCCUGUCAGACAAGUGCCCUAGCACUAAGAAUGACAGUACGUUGCGCCUUAUACCUCAUCUUCCACUGUGAUGAUUGAGAAAGUAUUACUUGUGAAGGUUAAUGAUGUGAUAUCCUACAUUGAGUGUCCUCUUUAUAAUUUGAUAUGUUUGAUUCGUAUAGUUUUUUAGGAAUAAUGAGGACAUAGUUAGUACAAAUCAGAACAUGAUAAGGAAUAACUAAGUGCCUCUUGAUUUCUUCAGGCCUUGGUUGUGAUUGUGAAGUUACUCAAAAGAAGCUCUGCACUGGGUUAUAUUUCUAAUUUUUUUAAAGACUCAAAUCUUUUGACUCUAUAACCUCUCCAAAACUUGAUCAUUUCUCUGGGCUAUAAAAACAUUCGUCACUUGGGUACAGAUGGUGUUCAUCCCUGGAGGAGAGUUCCUGAUGGGGACAGACAACCCAGGCAUCCCUGCUGAUGGUGAGGGCCCUCAGAGACUGGUACACGUGGACUCUUUCUACAUGGAUGUCCAUGAGGUCACAAACAGAGAGUUUCAGAGCUUUGUUGCGGCGACAGGCUACAUUACUCAGGUAUGUAGAGUUGUUAAAUCUCCACAUUAAUUAUUAUUGUCCAUGAAUAAAGAAAUUGUUGACCCGUUAUAUUUGCUCUUGAAGAAUAUUCUUCAGAUUAAGACUCUGUGCUUCAGAUAUUGUCUGUUAGGAGUUGGGUUGAAUGGAUAAAAAGGUUUAGAAUUACCCCUUGUAUAUCUAAAUUAACGCACCUUAUCCAGUUGUGCUUGUAAGGUUUAAAUUUGAUUGAGUUGAUCAGAUCAAAACUGAAUGUAUAAUUUAAGCAAUUGUGAUUCACAUGUUACCUGGUUUUAAAUGUUGUCACUAUGCUCCUGUUUUUCUUCUUUGCAGGCAGAGAGAUUUGGAGACUCAUUUGUAUUUGAGGGACUUUUGAGUGAGACUGUCAAAAACCAAAUAACUCAAGCCGUAAGUUGGAUUGUUCAGGGUUUGUUUUUGGUCUGAUUGUACCUUAUUUCAAAAAAGGUAGAAUAAUGGAUGGAGUAGUGAACUGAGGGAAGAAAGUUGGGAAUGAUAAACAACAAAGAGGCAGAGUGGAACCAGUGCAAACGCAUUGUGAGCUAUAGCCGCUGCCAAGCCAAACAGGCACCUGUUGCAAUACUAACUAAUACUGUACAAAUUUCUCUAAUACCACCCUGUAUGUAGCAUGGGUUAUGCCACACCUAAUCAAACAACAUAGAAUAAAUGUCAAGGAAAGGGAGGAGUUAACUCCUGUUUUUCCAAAGCUCUAACAGUGCUAAAUUGAAAAACAAUUAUAUCAAAUGCUGAGGUUGUUUCAUCAGAUAUGUCACACUGAUUUUCAAGUAUCAGCACUGCGAAACCUGUUAGCUUUGUGAGAUUUGCUCUGCUGCUCCAAAAAAGGACAAAAAAGCACUCAGUUUUACCACAAGGAUAAAGACUGUCAGACUAUUAUAAAUUAACUGAAUUAGUUACAUUACUUAGGUAAAGAGCUCAAUAAUUCAUCUGUCACUCAGAAAACAUGUAAAUAUUGCAGCGUUUUUCGGAAACAAGAGGAAAGACAAUGAUUUUUUAUUCAUUGAGAGUAUAAUGUAAAAAAAUUAAAUUAAAGUGUCCAGUGUUAGAGUUUUUUUCGUAUGUCUUAAUACUGUGAUACUUGAACAUCUCUUGAGCAGUGUAUGUGCAUGAAACCAUAGCCUGGUAAGCCUUCAGUACCAGCCACUGGUUGCACUUAUUUUGGCUUCAAACUCUUGUUAUUUAAAAGCCUUGAGAAAGUUCACAGAUUGCUCAUAAGAGGCCUCGGCACAGCAGGCCUCCCAUAGACGAAAGCCAGACAGCGGGGAGUUUGCUGCUUCAUCUCAGCUGUCAUGUGCAACCUGAUCACACGGCUGAGAAGGAGCUUUGUAGUCAUUAGUACUGCAACACCAGAGAACAUCUGUACCUGCUCAGUUCUCUUCAAAAUUAUUCAGUUGUGUUGUACACCUGUAAGCCGUGCAACAAAAUGAGCAAGACAGGUAUUAUAUCAGUCAGAAACCAUCAUUUUCAACUCUCUCCUUUUAGGUAGCUGCUGCCCCCUGGUGGCUACCAGUCAAAGGGGCCGACUGGAGGCACCCAGAAGGCCCAGACUCAACAUCAGCAGACAGGUAAUGAUCCUUUGACUGAUCUGUGAUGUUUUUAGAAAUUUUCACAAUUAUAUAACAUCUAAUUUUUAAAAGACUGUCUUCAAAUAUGGCUUUCAUUUCUGUAUGUACAUUCAAACUGCUGCUAUCAUAUAUUUUUGACCAUUAACACAACCAAACUGGUAGUAAAAUUGGAAUUAAAUCCACAUUGCUUGUCCUCAGUAUGAAACUAUAUAAACUUGAGGCAAGUAUGACUCUUUCUCCCUACCUAUAGUAUCUAUCAGGGUAGAAUGGGAUCUAGACCUGAAACCAAGAGAAAACAACAACAGAAGGGAUGAAAAACAUGUUUAGGACAAUCUUACAAACCAUAUAAACCUCAAACUAACUUCUUAAGGGAAAUUUUUAUUUGCCUUCUUCUGUUUGUGGCUUAGCAGCCUAAAUUGAUCGAAAAAUGGUUGCUCAGCAUGUACUUCAAACCCAUUAUUUGUAGGUUGGACCAUCCUGUUCUCCACGUGUCCUGGGAAGAUGCUGUCGCGUACUGCUCCUGGGCCAACAAAAGGCUUCCCACAGAGGCUGAGUGGGAGUAUGCCUGCAGGGGAGGCCUUAAAGACCGGUUAGAGAUGUGGACAAUGUGUGCCCAUUAAGAGUCCCAAUGUGCUUGUGCUCAUCAUAUAUUUCAUGAUAAUCUCUCUCUACAUGUAGACUAUACCCCUGGGGAAACAAGUUAAACCCCAAAGGAGAGCACUACGCCAACCUCUGGCAGGGAGAUUUCCCCAUCCAUAACUCGGAGGAGGAUGGCUACAUCAAAACCUCACCGGUAAGACUUAGACUGACAGCUGCAGAACAGCUUCAUUCAUCAGUGUUAAAAACCCAUCAUAUCCCCAUUCAAGAGGAGGGGGAGGAUUUGUGCUCAUGAGCCAUUAAUAUAAACCUGAAAAAUGAAGUGUAAUUUAUCCCCUGCCUAUAGAAACUCCAGGAAAUGAAAUGAGCCUGAGAUAAGAGCUCAUCUGGGAAGUUGAUAAAGUCACAGCCACAGCUUUCAGAUAUCAGAUGAAUAAUAAUUAGAUAAUAUUAAUCCCAUCUCCUCCCUACAGUGGGAGAUUUAAAGACCUUAUUUAGAGUUGUCAAUCAUGAAUGCAUGCAUGAAUUUAUUUUAAAGGCAUGAAGAGCUGAAGGAAAUUAGAUUAUAGACCCCACCAGCAAAAAAAGCACUAUACUUCUACAUAUCUCCCAUGCCCCCAGAAGAAACAUGAAUAUCUGAUAAGAAACAGUCUCAGUAUGACAGUAUUCUCUCUCGCAGGUUAUGUCCUUUCCUGCUAAUGCCUUUGGUUUGUAUGACAUGGUGGGUAAUGCUUGGGAGUGGACAGCAGACUGGUGGAGUGUGAUUCACACCACAGAUCGUCAACAAAACCCCGUAAGGACACUUAAACCACCAAGUAUUUCAUUUAUCAGGUUUAGUUUUUGCUCCAUGUGUCAUACCUUUGUCUUUAUUUUAGACGGGUCCUCCUUCUGCUACAGACAAGGUGAAAAAAGGAGGGUCAUAUAUGUGCCACAAGGUAAAAAAGACCGCUACUACAACACUUUCAUUUUCUCUGUACUGUAUAGAUUUAAUCAUAAGAUCCUUUGCACAAAUAUGUAACACUGUCUUCUUUCAGUUAAGAUAAGAUGUGUUUUGAGAUGAUUUAUUUAGAUUUUUUGAUAAUACACCGAGUCAAAAACAGGUCUAUAUGGGGCCAUUAUUUAGGAACAAAAAGGGGCCAAAGCAAAAUCGAAACAAAGAUUACAGAAAAAAUAGACAUCCAGAGAAUUUUCCAGUCUUUAGAAAUAUCAGUAUCCUCUUCAAACAUGUCUGGUCUUCAUCAGGACCAUUAUAAACACAGAUUUAGGCAUUAAAUUAAACGUUUUUGUCAUUGUUGAUACCAAAAUAUUUUAGCAUUUUAAUGUGUAGGAUUUUAAUAUUUUGAAAGCAUUGGAGUCUUUUGUGUUGAAGCAGUAAAAAGUGUUCUUAGUAGACAAUAAAAAUGUAACAUGUAGACCACAACAGUUUUUAAAAAAGCAUUUCUAAAAAAGGUAACCAAGCUUGCUUACAGUGUUUGAUCUAAAAAGGGGGGAAAUGCUGCCCUGUUCUUGUUCUUUCCUCCUGCUGUGUGACUCUAACCUCAGUGCAUUUUUUCAUCUGCAACACAGUUUGAGCCACCCACUAGUGGCCAUUUCAGUUUGCUCGCCACCAGCAUUGGUUGCCAUGGGAAUGUGACUAAUUGCAUGCUAAAUAAGUCCUGAGCACAGAGGUCUGCUUGUUUCAUAUGGUUAAACUACAUGAGGCAGGAGAGAAUGUUCAACGAUUUUGGACAAAGAAGCAAAAAGAAACCCUCAGGACUCCUCCUAAUGCUUACUGUGUUAUCAUAUCCAGGUUUUUUUAUGCACCCACAAAGACGUCAAGACCUUUGAUUUACUGAUAGUAAGUUUCCCUUUCUUCCUCUGUCUCCUCCAGUCCUACUGUUACAGAUACAGAUGUGCAGCCCGAAGCCAGAACACCCCAGACAGCUCUGCCUCCAACCUCGGUUUUCGUUGUCUCUCAGGUACAAAAGUGAUCUGAGCUGCUUGCCUGAAACACUGUGUCCCUUAUUCAGACUUAUUUAUAAACCUAAAAUCGAAGUACACACAUUUCAGACAAUUAAAGCAGCUGUCUCAGUGCUAUCACAUUAAAGGUACUGUGAGGAGUUUUUAACUGAGUUUGAAGCAGUAAAGCUCUUUUACUGACACGUCUGCAUGACCUACAAAGACAAAUAAAACGAUCAGUACCAAGGUUGGUUGUUAAACUUCUUUGUGUUCAGGGUGGAUUUUCAGUUAAAGCUCCCAUGAGGAAAUUUGAUUUGUGUUGAUUUUGGCGCCCCCUAUAGAAAAAGUGGUACCUCUUAUCGCAUUUGUAAUGAAUGUUUCCUGACAUAAAAACACAAUGUAUAACUUAUCAGACAACUCUCCUGUAGGCAAUGUAAAUGAUAAGGUUGUUUAUCUGUUACUUCACAUGACCCCUACCCUCCAGCUCAGUUUCAGACAUCAACAAUAACUAUAAAAAAACAACAAUGUGUGGCUAUAAAGAAAUCCACUGAGGGUUUAAUUUGUUUUUAUUAGGCCAUAAUGAGGCAUCGAUUUUCAUUUGAGUGCGUUUCAUGGUCAGUUAAAAACUUCUCACAGGAGCUUGAUAUUUGGCUCUCACUCAGAAAUAACUUUCAGCGGAGUGAUGAUUUUCUUUUUACACAGUGUAUUGUACUCAUGGCUGAUACUUGAGCAGAAUUAGAACAAAUGAGUAUGUUGUUGGUUGAGAAUGUUGUUAUAAAUAUUGUAAAUCUACAACUAGGGCUAGAAAAUGAAGCAAAAUGGCUUUGGAUUUGAUGUUUUUGUCAGACAAGUAAAUAUUCAACAGCUCUUAAAAAAAGAGUACAUAUGUACGUUACUUUGACAUUGAUUGUGGCUGUAAUGGGUAAUGUAAAACCAUUUUGUCUGGUCACCUUUUGUAACUUAUAACAGUCAGAGGAGUUUUCAGAGUUUUGCCAUUAAAGUUAAUAAUUGUAGCAACAAACCAGUACAUUAACUCGUAACUUAGGGUCCAGUAAAAAGUUGUCUUGAACAAAGAUUAGUAGUAUCAAAAAGAUCUGUAUUCAAUUCAUUGCACACCUUGGCAGAAAAAGUUCCUUACAGUGCCUUUAAAAUGUUUUACAAGAUUAUAAAGAAAGGAUGCUGUCUUCAACGAAGUCUUACUUUAAAGUUUUAAUAAUUAAUAUGUUUCUUAUUUUAAUAACUGUUUUGGGAUACAAAAUAAUCCCUUUUGUCUCCACCAGCAUGUAUAUAGUCCAUGUGCCUGUAAGGAUUGUAAUAUUCCUUUCACUCCAAGGUUGCUUUUUCUGUAGUCUCAAAAUAACUAUAUUUGAAAAUAAAAAAGCCAUUUUUUUUCAAGACUGUGA